GCCAUGUGGAACGGGCUGCAGUCAGCCCGAGUCAGCCUAGUGGGAGUUAUCUCUUGGGCUUAGGUAGUGCCACCAGGAUUCGCAUCCUCUACCUCCACGCACAUGUCGGCAUCAUCGAUCUUAUUUUUAUUUUUAUCUUUCCCCCCCCUCCUCCCUCGCCCCAAAACAAUCAUCAUUAUACUUCCUUCUCCUGAUCCCGUCUACCUUUCAAACUUCUUACCUCUCUACCUCUCUACCUCUUACCUCUUCUCUUUCUUACUCUCAUUCGAUAUCUCACCUCCCCCUUCUGCUCUUAUAUAUCGCCCCCCUUCUCUCUCUCUCUCUCUCUCUUUUUUGAUCUUGCCCCCCGUUGAACUAAGGAUCUCGGUUGGAUACCUCCGGUCUACCGAUUUAUCUUUCUAUUCUAUCAUUAUCGCUAUCGCCCACUCCCUGGACCCCCCAUAUUGGACUAUCACACACCCUCCUUUCCUGGAAUGGAUUCCUGUGAAUAAACCUGGAGUAUUUUGGAAACCCCGUGUGAAACUUUCCAACAGAAUUACACAAUCCUUGGACUUCCGAUUUUAUUGCCACUUGAACUCUUGGACCCCGAUCCCUUGGACACGACCCGUUCCGUGUAUAUACACACUUGCCACUCGACCGUCCCCGGAAACAUCAACGUGAAUUGGAGGACCCGACUAUAUCCCCAGGAGUAAACCACUUCUUUUUGGAUCCUUCCUCUACUAGUCUACAUCUUCAACCUUUCUCCCCUCCUCUUCCCCCCUUCCCGUGUCUUCCUCUGGACAUACCCCCGUUGGAGAUCCUCCGGAUACAUACCAUCAUAACAUGUAUCAGCACGAGCUACCAACGCCUCCCCUCACUCCGAUUCCUCGCUGCUAUACUCCCGAGGACCGGUUAGGAUUGAUCUUGGCCAACCGGCUGGAACUCACCGGCAUCCUCGGUGUCGGCGCCUAUGGAGUGGUAUAUACUGCCUUGGACAUCCACACGCAUAUUCAAUAUGCCGUCAAGGCUCUCAACAAGUCCGGGCUGGAUCCCCGACAACUCAAGUAUCAGCAACGCGAGAUUCGUCUCCACCACCGGGCCAGCCAACAUCCCAACGUCGUCUCCCUCGUUCGCAUCAUGGACUCCCUGGAUUGUACCUACGUCGUGAUGGAGUUUUGCCCCGAGGGCGACUUGUUCUCCAGCAUCACCGACAAGGGCCACUUUGUCGGGAAUGACCCCUUGGUCAAGCGUGUGUUCCUGCAACUCCUGGAUGCCGUACAGUUCUGCCAUUCCAUUGGGAUUUACCACCGGGAUCUGAAGCCGGAGAACGUCCUGGUGACGGACCAGGGUAUGACCGUUAAGCUCGCCGACUUUGGCCUUGCGACCGAGGAUUACUAUACCUCGGACUUUGGUUGCGGUUCCACUUUCUACAUGUCGCCUGAAUGUCAACAAUCCCACCCCCGCCCCAUGUCUUGCUACGCCUCGGCCGCCAAUGACGUCUGGAGUCUCGGCGUGAUGCUGGUCAACCUGACCUGUGGUCGCAACCCCUGGAAGCGCGCCUCGCUCGAGGAUUCCACUUUCCGGGCCUACCUCAAGGAUCCUUUCUUCCUCAAGUCCAUCUUGCCCCUAUCCACGGAGAUGGUCUACAUUCUGAGCCGUGUCUUCGAACGCGACCCAGCCAAGAGGAUCACUAUCCCGGAACUGCGCCAGAUGAUCGUGGACUGCCCCCGGUUCACCGACUCGAUGACUACGGCUCCCGCCCCGGUUCCGCCAACCCCAGUCCAAGUCCUUCAGCCCCAGAUCCCCGUCCCGGUCCCCACUGCUUGGGAUCGCCUUCAGGCUCUUAUUCCACCGGCCCAUCAGGUUCCGUUCACCAUGCCCAUGGAUUUCAAUCACCAGCAGUUGCCUAUGCACGCCCAGCCUUCCGGCUCGUCUUCGGAUUCCUCGUACUACUCGGACUUUUCCGAGUCUGCGAUCUCGGAUGCGUCCGCUCUCACCGAGGACUACUCCGAUUUCUCCGACUACAAUUGCAUGUCGCCGGUUGCCUCGGAGCAGGUGCAAGUCCCGGACUGCAAGGUCGUCUUCCCUCAUCCGAUUUGCGUGGAACAAUCCGUUCCCGUGGAAGCUUUCACUGCUGGCGCCCCGAUCCAGGUCUGCUGAAUUCCCUGAGGACCUCUUUACACUACUCUCGAUCUCUCUCUCCACUUUGGACUCCCUUCUACCACUCCCCUUUUCUUAACGCAGCUUCACGAUCUCACGUCCCCCCCAACCAACAACUAUUCACUCUGGAUUUGCUUUUUUCUCUAUGCGCCUGGAGUUUUAUUCGAUCAAGCAUCUCGGUUGCUCUACUCUGGAUUGAUUCCUCAUUUUCAAAAGCUGCUGCGCAAAAAAAAAAAGUGUGCUUGCCGAGGAUGAUCAACCCCCCCCCCCCCCCCCAUCCCAUUUGGAAUCUCGGCCACCAGCUUCUUCACCGUGACUCUUUUUAAUUGCCUGGACAUAUUUCCCCCUUUUUCUUGGAUUAUACCCCCACAACUUGGCCCAGCGACGUGUGACUUCUGGAUCCCACACCGCUGGACUUUUCUAUCCUGAACCGUCCCCGCCGGACAGGACAGGAUGGAGCUGUUUCCUUUCUACUGUUUUGAUAUUUUGCCACAUAGUGGCCGGAUGGAUGUUUUGAUCGUCUUUUUUUUUCCUUUUCUCUUGACACAUUGGCAUAAUAUAUUGGGAGGCUCGCUUUGAAGAAAGACAGACGGACCCCUGGGUCGGGCUGCUGUCAUCGUCUCUGUCUGGAAUUGGAGACCUGAACUUCGUGCACGGGUCGUUCUGGCGUUGGCUAUUUCGCUUCCUUGAAUUUUCUUCUGUGAUAAAGGCUCCUUUUUUACCUUUUUCUGUUUACGAUUUCAUGGGUGGUGAUCAGAUAUGAUCUUCUCGGAUUUUUUGUGUUUGCAUGUGCAUAGACUUGUUUUCGCGGCACAGGCUGGUUUGGUUUCGGAUUUGGAUCUGGAAGGCUAUGGCUGUCUUUGGGAUUGGGACUUUUGACUAUUUACGAUAUGAUACCUUGAAGACUCUACGGAGCGAAUUGAACAAAUACAUCUCAUCUACUACCUAUUUGAUUCUCG